ACUUUCGAUAUAAACUUUAUUCUAUGUUUUGACAGAAAGACUCACAGGGUGGCGGUAGACAUCUUUACGUACAGAGCUGAGCUGCACACACGGUUGCUCCUCCCUGAAGUGGGCAGUAACCAGCUCGUCAUCCCCGUUUGCUCAACAGUUCUUUUUUUUUCCACACCGAAGACUCUGUCACACUCCGUGUUUGUGGUCCGGCGGCCGUUCGAGACUUUUGCAAACUACUCGGCCUCACAGUUGGACAUAUUCCUUCAACUCGAGGCCAAACCUGUUGGUUUUCUUAAGGGAAAGUUCGGCGAACACGCUCCAACUGGAGGCAAAAGAAAACAGGGAGUCGAAGAAGAAACACAGAGACCUGGAGGAGGAAAAGGGCGUUCAUACUUCGAAGUAACCAUGGAAGUUCCUGGUAUGCAGAGUUCUCAGAUUGAUCCAGAGGAAUUAUUCACCAAAUUGGACCGAAUUGGAAAGGGAUCUUUUGGAGAGGUUUUCAAAGGUAUCGACAACCGCUCCCAGAGUGUCGUCGCCAUUAAGACAAUUGAUCUGGAGGAGGCAGAGGAUGAGAUUGAGGACAUCCAGCAGGAGAUCACAGUGCUCAGUCAGUGUGACAGUCCAUACAUCACAAAGUACUACGGCUCCUACCUGAAGGGCAGCAAAUUAUGGAUCAUCAUGGAGUAUCUUGGUGGAGGUUCAGCGCUCGACUUGCUCCGGGCGGGUCCGUUCGAUGAAGCUCAGAUUGCCACCAUGCUGAAGGAGAUCCUGAAGGGGCUCGAUUACCUGCACUCGGAAAAGAAGAUCCACAGAGACAUCAAAGCCGCCAACGUCCUGCUGUCGGAGCACGGUCAGGUGAAGCUGGCUGACUUCGGAGUGGCCGGUCAGCUGACAGACACGCAGAUCAAAAGGGAGACCUUUGUGGGAACGCCGUUCUGGAUGGCGCCCGAGGUCAUCCAGCAGUCCGCCUACGACUCAAAGGCGGAUAUUUGGUCACUGGGCAUCACUGCCAUUGAGCUCGCCAAGGGGGAGCCCCCCAACUCUGACAUGCAUCCGAUGCGGGUCCUCUUCCACAUCCCCAAAUCUCCCCCUCCAACACUGACCGGAGACUUCAGCAAGGGCUUCAAAGAGUUCACCGAGGCCUGCCUCAACAAGGACCCCUCCUUUCGCCCCACAGCCAAGGAGCUGCUUAAACACAAGUUCAUCGUCAAAAACUGUAAGAAGACGUCCUACCUCAGCGAGCUGAUCGACCGGUACAGGAGGUGGAAGGAGGAGGGACACAGCGACAGCAGCUCCGAUGACUCCGACAGUGAAUCCAGCAAUAAAGAGAACAACGAGUCUCCCGAGUGGUCGUUCACCACAGUCCGGAAAAAGAAGACGGAGGGGAGGAAAGUCCUCAAUGGGACGGCUCCGGAUCAGCUUAGUAAAUCUGCCAGUCUGACCACAGUCAUCUCUCCUGUCUUCUCUGAGUUGAAACAGCAGCACAAAGAAUACUCCCAGCAACGGUUGGCCAUAGAGGAGCUGGAACGUAACAUUCGAUUGGCUGAAGACACGUGUCCCGGCAUCACAGACAGGAUGAUCACACACAUCGUUGCCAAGUACCAGAAAUUCACAACAAACUGAAGGAGGUGAACGGAUGAAUCAAAGGAAGCCAGGAAGAGACUGUGUCUCCAUAUGGUGACUGCUGGAUGAUGAAAAAGGGGAAAUUUGCUGUGCGAUGUCUCCUCGCUGUACACUCACAUCUUAACACACACUCAUACACACACACACGCACACACACACACACUUAUACACACUAAUAAUGUAAUAUAUACACUAAAUUUUAUAUAUUCACUGCUGCUGGUUGAGCCCACAAUUAAAUUUGACACACAGCUGCAUUUUCAAUUAAAUAAUGAAUUUGUCGGAGUGAUUGAGAAUAUCAACAUGUGCCUUUUUUUUUUCUUUAGCUAAUAUUUUCAUAAAAUGUUUUUUUUUUAGAAUCUAAACCAGAUACAGGGAAUAGUAUAAUAUAAUAGAGAGGAGGGUUCUUGUCCAAUCAGCAGCGGUAACCUUUGUUUUGUGUUAGGACGUUCUUUGAGUCGGUAGAUGUCUGUGACUGUAUAGUAGCACUUGUGACAGAAUAUAUGCCAAUAUUAGAUUUAUGUUGUUGUUUUUGUUAAUGCCGUCUAACUGAAGUUUCCUGAUCCAAUAAUUCUGGCUUACCGCCUCCAAGUGGAGCAGUUUUCACAGAAAGAGCUUAACUUUGUUGUGUGGGUUUGUCGGAGAGGAGAUUCUCAGCAUUGGUUAUGAUAAACAUUAAAAAAGAAGACAAAAAAACCUUCCCUAACAUUCUACAAACUGCAAAAUUUCAUGUGCAGGUUCACAAAAUCCUCUUUUAAAACUGCAGGUGUAGAAAUCCUGCCACAUUUUUCUUGGGACCUACAAGUUAACUAGUUACACAACUAGUGAACUGACUAGCUUUUGUUUAUCCAAAGUAAAUGGCAUUAUGAAAGCCAGGUAGGAUUUUUUUUUUUUUUUAAACCUUAUCAAGUCGGAACUUUUCAGCUUCAGAGCUACUUGCUCACUAACCAGUGGGCUCACCAGCUAAAGUCCACGGUAAUUGUCAAAUAUCAAAUUUAUUGAGAAACAAUUAGUAAAGUUUUUUUUUUUUUUUUUGGGAUGUCUUAUUUCUUUGUUUUUUGUGUGUUUUUUUUUAAGAAUGUACAUUCCUUGGGAACUCUUGAGAGCUGUCAAGUUUCUGAAAGAAGAGUCUAAACAAAUACAAAUAUAAAAGGUAACAAAGUAACAGGUUCUUUCAAAGAGUAUGAUGGGAGCUGAACUUUAAUGUAUUGUUGACAGUUUCUACCAAAGACACUAUAAGACUUGGUCACUGUAUAUUUUUGUCUUUUUUUACAUAUCAUAAGGGAUAUACGAUGCUUGCCGAGGGGGGGAUUUUACAGUAAUAUACUCAUUGUUCUGUGUGUGUUGUGCGUAAAAGUAGCGGGAC